UGAUCUCAUCACAGAUACAGGCAGUGGGCUUUCCACGGUGAAAAGCCCUGGCAUAGCGUGCCUAACAGAGAGUUCCUGGCAUAGUGUGCACAGAGUGAUAGACAGGAUAUCGUUUUAUACACUUUUAGACAACCCGCCCCUAACUAAACCUGAGUAGACAGAAACACCUUAAUCGCAUAUUUGUUCUACAGGUUCAAGAGCCCAACUAAAGUUGUUCAGUCAUGUCCCUGGUUGCUUACACGUCAGCUGUUACUCUCCUAUCAGUCAUAAAAGGACUAAGGUCCACUCUUUAGUGUACAGGUGUUUAGUUUAAUCUGUGUCAUGUUCUUUUCCAUCUUAAUAUAUGGGUGUAUCCUAGGUCAGUGACAGUUCAUCUAAGGUAACCAUUCAGUCCUUAGUCAGUGAUAGUUCAUUUAAGAAUAAUCAGACAGUUUAGCUUAUAGUUUCAUACAGUUUUCGGCCACAACACCGGUCACAGGUCGCUAUGGCAUCGGUUGCUAAGUUACCUGGGGACUUGGUCCGGUGGCGUCGCUCCCUGGACCUGCUGCUAUGGCGACGGUGGUUUUUACUGCAGCCAAGACAGCGAAAACGAAACCAAGCCACGCACUCAAUGCAACUCAGCAGUCAGACAUUCUAACACCAGCAAGAUAUCGAAACAGACAACUGCGUAACUAUGAGCACUCCUGAGACAGCCUUGAAAUUGAAACUGGAAAAGCUGGAAUGCCACUUCACGUGGGGAAUAACCUGCAGCAUCUCAAAACUGAGUAGUCUCAGAGAUCACCUGGAAGACAUCAAGACUGACGAGGGGUACACCUGGCUGGGUCACAUCUACAACCUCCUGGGUUUCAUACGCUACAGACAGGGCUGUACCGAUUCUGCCGUCCAGUAUCUCAGGAAGGCAGGGGAGACCUUUCUCCAAAUCAACAACACGGUCUCAGAGGAGGGCCCAUGGCUGUUGGUCAACUAUGGAAACCUAGCCUGGAUGAACUUCCAUCUGAACAACAUGAAGGCGAGUCAGGACUACCUGGAGAAGGUGGAGGCUGUGAUGAGGGAUCACCCCUCUCCGUCCCAGGAGGAUCCACUGCACCCCGAGGUGUACGCAGAGAAAGCCUGGACUCUCAUGAAGUUUGGUGAGGCCGAAAUGGCAAAUGCAAUAGAAUGCUUCCAGAAGGCAAUUGCAAUGGAACCUGAUAGAAAGGACUGGCAGACAAGCCUCGUUUUAGCCCUCAACAUAGCUCACGCCAGAUGCACUCCAGAGAUGGAGUCUGAGAUUUUGGAGAAACUUAGAAGGGCUAAGGAAGUUGAUCAGGAGAAUACAUACCUUGCUAGCGUUUACUUACUAAGACUGGUUAAGAGUCAGAAAGUCAGUCCGGAUGAGAUACGAGCGCUAGCUGUGAGGAUUUUGAGUAGGCCUGCCGGGGCUUAUAGCGGUCUUAGACCCUUACUAAGAGUCUACAGAAUUUGCUUAACACAGGACGAAGCUAUAGACCUGGUACAGGAGGCCCUUGACAGAUAUCCAGAUGAUCGCUACUUGAAAGCCAGGCUAGCGACAUCUUACAGGUGGAAAGUCCUUUCAAAGGAUGACAUCCAUUGUAGUAAGAGUGUCAUCGACAGAGGCAUCAGUCUGUUCCAGGAAGUGAUCGCUCUUUACCCAGAAUCCUGCCUGAAGGCCAAGUUGGACCUUGCCUCUAUCUAUGCUGAGUCAAGACGUGAUGGAGCAGAUGAGAUAUACAAGGAGUUACUGGACAGACGUGACCUAGGGCCUGCUGAGUUACAAAUGCUGCACUUCGCCUAUGCCCAGUACCUGCAUUAUCAUGUCCAUAGCCAAGUCAGAUCUAUAGAUCAUCACAUGCAGGUUAUAGAAAUACAAAAGCAAAGCAGAUAUCGGAGCAAGAGUGUCACGAUUUUGAAGCGAAUUGUGGAACGAGGACGAAACUACAGGUGUGCAGAAAUACGAGACUUUUUGGAUAAAAAUUAUGACCCUCUGUGAGGGAUGAGAAGGUCUCAGAGAACUGUACUCAUGUGACAGGUUAAAGGAAAUACUCAUAGCCUGUUAUACACUAAAGGGUAUUAGUAAGUUCAUAGUAUGUGAGUAUCUUAAAAUAUCUAAGGUUAAAAAGAUUGUGCAUUCAGUAAUAGUUCAUAGGGAUUGAUAACAUUCAUAUGUGUUAAAAAGUUCAAAUCUGUUACACGUACAAAGGGUAAAAAUUGUAAGAGGAAUGUGUAAACGUUAUAUUGAUUACUUUAUUUUGUGGUGCCAACUUUAGGGGUAAAAGUGUUAAUCUGUGAUCUACUAAAUGCUACUAAACUUAAUCUAUCGAGGGUCAGAUGGCUGAGUGGUUAGGUAAUCGGGCUAGCAAUCAGAAGGUUGCUGGAUCGAUUCCUGGCCAUGUCAAAUGACGUUGUGUCCUUGGGCAAGGCACUUCACCCUACUUGCGUCGGGGAGAAUGUCCCUGUACUUACUGUAGGUCACUCUGGAUAAGAGCAUCUGCUAAAAUGACUAAAUGUAAUCUAUGAUCCUGAGAUUGAUUGCUUUGGUCUCCACCCACAAAAGUUCAGUGAGGAAACAUAACAGUAUCACUCUCGUGAUCAUUUCUCCCCUUUUUCAGGGGCGUAACACUCACCUACAAUAAUUUUCAAGACCACUAUUCAGACAGAUGUUUCAUUUGACCAGUGAUCUUCAUUAUUAUCUUCCAUAAAAAAAAGUUAAUUUGUGUAUUUCUGAUGAUUAAAAACAUAACUAGGGAGUCAGAUGGCUGAGCGGUGAGGGAGUCGGGCUAGUAAUCUGAAGGUUGCCAGUUCGAUUCCCGGCCGUGUCAAUUGACGUUGUGUCCUUGGGCAAGGCACUUCACCCUAGUUGCUUCGGGGGGAAUGUCCCUGUACUUACUGUACGUCGCUCUGGAUAAGAGCGUCUGCUAAAUGACUUAAAAAUGUAAAAAAUGUAAAAUAACUGAGACCAAUAAUGACAUGUUCUAAUUAUUUACAACGGGGUGAAUUCUUUAUUUGUAUAAAUGUGAUAUUGACAAACCUUAGUGCCAACAUUCAUACCAGUUACAUGUUUAACCCCACCAAACAAAACAUGGCAAUGCUCAUGUGUAGAAGUGUAGGUCCAGAAUCUAGGUGUCCAUGGCAACCUCUUAACCUCCACUAGUCUUCUAAAUGCUUUAAUUGCAGCACUGUGGUAGACAGUAUGGAGCUGUAUGACAGUUUUUUCUGCAAUAUUGUUUGGAUGGAUGGUUCUGAAAUAACCAACAAAUUGAAAAAUUUAACAAUUAACUUAGCAUAAGACAUGCAUGACACAACCAGGCUUGCAAAGGUAAAAAAAAAAGCCUUUAAAAAAUGUGUUAUACAAAACUAAACAAAUAAAAAAUUUCCUC